AUGAAAACAACAAGUAGUCCAACAAAUUUAACUGAAUUACUUUCACUAGCAUCACUUAUUGCUGCUAGUGCAGCAUCAACACUUUCAUCAUCGGCAGCAAUGACAGAUAAUAAUUCAAAUGAUUUGAUAUCAUCAUUAUCCAAUUAUCAUUCAUCAACAUCAAUCUCUUUCAUUUUCAAUAUAAAGAGAAAUGGUGGUGGUGGUGGUGGUCAAUGGACAAAAAAAAAUCAUCUCAGGGAAUUGUUAUAUCCUGGUAGUUAA